GUUUGUCCUGUUUGCACAAAGCGGCUAAUAUAAAGCAGAUGCAGCUCUCGUGCUGCUUAGUCACGAACCAAAGAGUAGGUAGGAGGGAUGUGAGGAACACAUCCUAUUGGCUGGCUGAGGACGUGGUUGUGGUAAGAACUUUUCGCAGCUCCACUUUUGGGGGAAAACUUAACCGAGGAGCUAUGUCGGAGCAAUUAAAGCCUGUCCUCCAUGGAUACUUCAGAAGCUCCUGCUCAUGGAGAGUAAGAAUUGCUUUGGCCUUGAAAGGUAUUGAAUAUGACCAAGUACCUGUCAACCUGAUCAAAGAUGGAGGGCAGCAGCUCACACACGAGUACAAGACUUUAAACCCGAUGCAGCAAGUGCCAGCAGUUGAAAUUGACGGCAUCACCCUUUCUCAGUCAUUGGCAGUGAUCCAGUACAUCGAUGAGACCAGACCAGGACCUCGCCUUCUGCCAUCAGAGCCAAAGAAAAGGGCCCAGGUUCGCAUGAUAAGUGAUCUCAUUGCAUCUGGGAUACAACCUUUGCAGAAUCUACACGUGAUCCAAAAGAUUGGCGCAGAGAAGGUGCAGUGGGCGCAGCAUUUCAUUCAUCGCGGAUUCGACGCUCUUGAGCCUAUACUGAAGCAAACGGCUGGGAAAUAUUGUGUCGGCGAUGAGCUAUCCAUGGCUGACAUCUGUCUGGUCCCACAAGUCUACAACGCAGAGAGGUUUAAAGUGGACAUGAGCUUGUAUCCAACCAUCCAAAGGCUGAAUCAAAGCUUACUUGAAGUGGAAGCUUUCCAAGUGAGCCAUCCAUCCUGCCAGCCAGACACACCUGCUGAACUACGAGCAUAGCCCAUGCUGGGAUAUGGCUUUUUAUGCGCCAAAUAAAAUGCUUUGAACAUAA